AAUAAUUCGAUUUAAUUUUUUGGUCCAUUUGUCAUUAUUUUGGUUUUCUAGUGGUUUGUUUGAAGACGAUUUUAAACUAAAAAAUAAUGCAAAUAGAUCAAAGAAAAAGUAUUAUAAAACGGCCUGCUAACGAUUUUCAAGGCUAAUUUUCUUUUAUAAUAACCUUUAAUGAAUCCGGUUAAACAAACGUGGUAAAAUCAAUUAUUUUUUUUUAUUGAUUUUUAAGAAUUAUCUUUUUAAGUGUUAUAAAUAAACUGUUAUUCUAUGCUUCGCUUUUUAUUUUUAUGCAUGAGCAUUGCAAAUCUUGGCUUUUGCAUUCAGUUUACAUUUGAAGAAAAGUUGGAAUUUUCUAUAAUUUUAAAUUUGUGAUUUUUUCCUUAAUUGAAUUGGUAAUGAUAUGGAAUCAUUAAGAAGUGGUCGAGAUUUCCAUACAGAAAUAGAUCUGGAAAAAGAAAGUGAAGACGGCGAUACUUUAUGUUGCUGCGAAUAUUUAGAUAGAAAUCACGAGAAGAAUCAUAUAUUAUUGUGCUGCUGCAAUUGUAGAGAUUUUGAUGAAACCAUUGAAAGGCUAAUUUGUUGCCGUCCAAUUGAAAGACGUCACAGUAUUGGUAUGCUACUUACAUUUCAAGACCGAUUAAGAAUACCAUGGUGUGGAGGAGCAAAGCAAAUAUCUUUAGAUUGUGUUGCACCGAUGAUAUUAAUUCCAAUUUUGCUUUGUAUUGCUAGUAUUCAUUAUGUAGCAGCAGUUGUAAUAGGUAUCAUAACGUUGGGAUUCUUAAGUAACUUUUAUUACCAGUUUCGAUCGAGUGCCUAUCGAACGAAAUUUUUUUUUAUGUGGAUAAUAUGGUCAGGAAUAUAUAUGAAAUUUAUAUUCCAAAUUAAAGUUCCAUUAUUGGAAAUAUUACCAGCAGAAAAUUAUGUAUUUAUAAUUUUAAUUGGAAUAACAAUAUUUUGUUUUUAUAAAACAAGAAAAAAUGCUAAUAAAAAUAUGAUAACGCAAGGGCUAUCUUCGGAAGAUGAUUUAGAAGAUAUAGCGGAAGAGCAGACAUCAGUUCUUAUUGAUAAUGAGGAUGAAGAUGACAGUGGACAUACACCAGAAAUAUGUCGUAAUUGUCGAAAAUAUGUACCACCACGUGCAUAUCAUUGCAUUUUAUGUAAAGCCUGUAUUUUAAGAGGAGAUCAUCACAGUUUAUGGUUAGAUUGCUGUAUUGGGGUAGCAAAUCACAGAACUUAUGUAGUUGGUCUCAUUUUUUCCAUAAUGUCACUUAUAUUUGGUGCUUAUCUCACAUUGACUUCAAUAUGCUAUGGAUACUUGAUAAAAACAAUAUACGGUGUUCACAUUUUAUUUCCGGAUGACUGCACAUAUGUUUUUGAUCGUUUUGAAACAAGUCUUCCUUUUGUUGUUGCCAUAUAUGCAUUGAUAAUCGCUUUCUUCAUUAUACUCGCAAUUGGAAUCCAAAUAUACUUGAUUUCUAAUGGUAUAACCAUGUCCGAAUGGCGAAAAGGGCAAAAAAGUAAUCAGAAAACCUUGUUAAAGAAUGUCAAAUCUUUUAUUUAUUGGUUACAUUGAACGAAUAACAAGGUGAUGAAUGAAUGGAAAACAACAAACAAAUUGAAAUUUCAAGUGAUUUUGAAUAAUAUAUAUCAAUAAAAUUUUAGUGAACCACAUAUUAGAUAGAAAUUUGAAAGUACUCUUUACUUAACUAUUCAAAUUUGUGCUGAACUUAAACUUAAAUGUAAUUUUCACUCAAAAUUUGCUGCAAAAAUAUGAAUAACUGUACCAAUGUGAUACAAGAUUGAAUUUAAAUUCACAUGAUUUAUUGCUUAAUAUACAUACACACAUAUAUAGGUAUACUAAGUUUCAAAACAUUGACAAUAAUUAUUUUGUAAAUUAUCAAAAUUCUCAUUGUAAUUCUAAAUAUUUUAAAUUAACGAAUCGAGUUGGCUUUUUCUCGUUAUGUGCAGCGGUUGUUGAUAAAUUUGUAUUCUUUACCGGAAUAAGACUCUCGCUUAGUUUCUUAAAAUACAAGGUUUGAAUUGUGAUAAAGUAAAUUAUGAUAAUUAUGUGUAUAAAUUAUAUGUAAUGUUUCACAAGUUUAACAUAAGAAAAUUAUAAUAUGAAAUUGAUUUGUAUUGAUUUGUAUUGUAAAAAAAAAUUAUACUUUUUAUUUAAACUUUCAUUAACGCAGGACUAAUUUUAAGUGAAAGUAUUUUAUCUUUGAAUAUAGUUUAAGUACCUACCCAAUUUUGUUAGUUCGCCUAUAUGUAUAACACCAUUUUAAUAAAAUUUUCAUAAUGUUUUUUUAUUUAAGUGAAGCUACAUGCAAAUAUUUAAUAUUACCUUGUCAUAAUGCUUAAGAUAUUACAAAUAAUCUAUUAAAUAAAAUACAAAUUAAAUAUUUUAAUUAAAUAUAAUAUAACUAUAUAUCUAUAUUAUAUAAUAUAGUAUAAUAUAAUUACAUAUAUAUAGUAUUAUAUAAUAAUACUUAAUAUGCAAAAGUAUCUACUAAAACUACUUAAUUAAACUGAAAUAUGUAAUU